AUGUCGGCGGCUAUUGCCCUUCCCCUCUUGAAUUCCAUUGGGUGUUGCCUGCUUCUAUCUGUGUCUAACCGCCGCCCAGUCUCACCAAAUCCACAUCUUGACUCAAAUGCAGGGUCCUACUCUGUUGGAUUUAAAGACAUACCUCAAACCAUGGGUGUCAGUCAGCUUAACUACCCGGUCGCAUUGCACUGUCUCGGUAUACGAAAGGGGAGAGGACCCAUGGCUGUAUCCCUAAACUCUCGCGAUGAUAUGUCAUCAGUCCCUCUGCAGGUGGAGGCUCCUUUCAAAACUACGUUCUCCAACCGCAUCUCAGUCAAAGCACGCCAGGACUCGGGAAGGACAUUGAGGAAACCAGCAGGAUCUAUUUUCGCUCUUGUCUUUGAAGGCUUUCUUUGCUUGAUUGCAUUGUGUUUCAUAGGUACUCACCUUACCUCUAAACGCCCGUUCCUCACUACAAGCUUGAUUACUGAGUACGGACACGUAGCACUUGCACUCGUGGCAUUAUGCAUACGGAACAGGCCGACAGGCGAUAGCCUGGGAUCUGCCAUGGAGCAAGCCAUGAGACUGGGCCCUACUAUAUACCCUAUUCUCUUUGCGGCGUUACUUUCGCGCUCUCUUAAAAGCAUUGGGCGAUAUUGCGCCCAAAGGUCCGUUCGCAUGUCGAAACUAUGGGCCUUAAUGAAUACCAAUGCAACUGCGGAUCCCAUCCUCCAUCUCGUUAGCAUGCCGGCCUCGAUACUUGUCUGGGGGCUGCUUGUUCUGUGGAUUAUGUCACCCUUAGGAGGCCAGAGUACUAUACGGCUGCUGUACAAGGCGAAUAUCACCAAUGAAACUCACCCCGAACUUCGUUACUGGGAUAGCGGUCCGUUGGGAAAUAUGUUCAUUAACGUUGGGAUAAUGGAAGGUAACGAUGGCAGCUGGCCAUUGUCUAUGAGAGAUAUCUACUCUGCCAGUCUGAUGCAGAGCGUUAGUACUAAAGCUGGGCCGCUUGAUCAAUGGGGAAAUGUUAAGAUACCGCGCAUUGAAGCAGGUAAUGAGUCUCAAGUUGACUCCGCUGGUUGGAUGCCCAUCAAGAAAUCGCUUGGGGCUGAGACGUUCACGUCCUUGUUCGGCAUGCCGAUCGUCGGCCUGUCCGAUAUGAAAAAGCAAGGUGACCUCAAUUUGACGAUAGAGGCUACAUAUGUCGUGCUUUCAGAACCGUCGACAUACAGCACGUCAAAUCCACGUACCCUCCGGUUCAACAACACUGUUGGCGAUACCACAGUCACAACAUGUCAAGUAACCCAGCGCAUGGUAGAGGCAUUUAUUGAAUGUGUGGAUGGGAGCUGCGAAGCUACCAAAGUUCGCCCAUCAACAACCGACCUUCGUGAUAAGAACUUCACGAGUUUCGACUACUGGGCUUGGAUUGUCCUAGAUAUGCUGACAAGCGUCGGCUCGCAGAAACCCCAACGAGAGGUCAUGUGGGGGGUAGGCUCGUCCGUUCUCUUCCUGAACGAUUCUAGUUCUUUUUUAAUGCAAACUGGCAUCAGUGGCUCACAGGCUGAAGUGAAUAUAUCCAACAUAGACCCGGAGCUCUUCUCUACGAGAGCAUCUAUCCUUCUGAACACAGGUCUUCAAGCCUUCAUGGCGCCUACAGGUUUUUCUGGCGAGCUACCAACCAACCUAAGCCUAUACGGUGUCCCUCACGUACCUGGACGUGGGCUACAGGCCAUGGCUAAUCAAACGGCUUUGGACACGUUUGAGUAUACCGUAUAUGCUCCUCCAAAACAGCUCUUGAAUAUGUUGAACGAUCUCGCGCCUUUUGUGGGCGCUUCUACCAACGCCACCUUUGUUCGUUACACGGAGGUCUACCGCCCCGACUACGUGUGGGCAGUCAUUCUUAUCAUAUCUUCUGUUCUUCUCUUUGGGGUUGGAGUUGCAGGUAUUUGCGUCAGGUUCAAGACGUUCGCGCCGAACAUGUUUGAUCCUGUGGCAGCCCUGACGUAUAGCAAUCCGUACAUAUCCUUGACUGGACGGGAAUACGACCCGCUUGAUGCGGACGAACGGGCCAAUCUCCUUGGUGACAAAAGAGUUCAAAUUGGUGAAGUUGAUGAUUAUAAGGGCGUGAAGGCUGUCUUUGGCGAGGCAGGUUAUGUUACGCCUUUGCGGCUGGGGAUUCCGUAUCAUUGA